AUGGUCGCCAUUCGUUCCUUUCUUAUGCUCUCCGCUGCGGUCGGCAUUGCGUCUGCUGGAAAAUGCAAGCCCGAAAGCCGUUCAAGCUCCAUCGUAUCGGUGCCCAGCAGCACCGUUUCCGCCAGCGCCAGCGACACCGUGAUCGCGUCAACUACUACUCUGGCUGAUACCACCAUGGAAACGAGCCUUACCGAGUCUGCUACUGAGACUGCUUCCAGCGACACUGCCUUAUCAGCCGCUUCCAGCUCAGCCACUCUCGUCGAGUCUACGACCACUCUCGCUGAUACCACCACCCAAACGAGCCUUGUGGAGUCUACUACAGAGACAACUCCCAGUGGCACCGCCUCAGACACGGCACCCAUCGAGUCUUCUACUCUGGCUGAAACCACCACCGCCGAAACGACCGUUGCCGAGUCUACUACUGAGACGGAUUCCAGCGCCACCUCUGCCGAUGUCAGCACAACCGAGUCGAAACCCACUACUUUCCUCACUUCUUUCACUACGUCGAAUGCAGACACCACUACCGAGGCCGCAACCACAACGACAGCUGCUGCCGGUCCCGUUGUCACUUGCCCCUCAGAGGUAGACCAGUGCCUUGGUACCAUGGAGAUUCAAUGCAAUGUGCUCCUCGGAGGACUGAACAGCCCUACCACUGUCGCUGAUCUGAACGAAUGUGCCCAGCAAUGUAACUCUGACACUUCUUGUAAAGCUUUCACAUAUUCGGAGACCUCCCACAAUUGCUUCAUCGUCACUACCCAGUCAAUUGGUGCCGUAGACUUUACUGGCUGGGCAUCUGGUGUCAAGGGAACGUGCGGUCAAAGCUCCGAACCCAGCAGUACCGUCAUCACAACCACCGCUGAAACCACUACCACCGAAGCGGCAACAACGACAACCACCUUGGCAUCAGCCGAUCCUACAUGUCCUUCAACUGCUGAGCAAUGCGCGGGUGACUCAGAGGUGUUGUGCGAUGUCUCGCUCGAUUGGUUGCAGCUCGCGGGAUUCUCCAAUGACAUUCUUGAGUGCGCCUCGUUCUGCGCCGAAGAUGAUGAAUGCGCCGGCUUCUCCCGCAUUCGUUCGACUGGAGCAUGCUUCAAGGCCGUCCCUGACGAGGGUGCCGUCACCCAGACGGACAGAGCAGGAUGGGACAGUGGCAUCAAGUAUACCUGCGCCAAUUAG